GCCGACCACAAUCAGCUGUUGUGGGUAGCGGCCAUUUGCAGUCUGUUUUAGCGUCGCGGGUGUGCAGGAACGCGCUUCGUUUUUACGUUUAGUUUUUAGGUUUAGCGCGUUUUACUUAAUGCCGGUGUCGCCCCAUAUAAGCAAGACACUGCAUUAGGGAACGGCAUUUUGUAUAUUUCUAUACGUUUAAUAAACGUACACACACGUAAAAGGAUAAAAUGGGUCGCAGCCGCAGUCCCGCUUCGCCCGCACACAGACGAAGGGAAAAGGAGCGCACAGAGCGCAAAAAAAGACGCGAACGACGCUCAAGAGAAAGAGAAGCCAAUGUCAUUGGGAGCAGCAGCAGCAGUCGCCGUGACCGGGAACGUGAUCGUGAGCGUGACAGAAGCCGCAGCCGUGACAGGGAACGUGCGCGGGGCAGGCGUUCGAGAUCCCGCUCGCGUGGUACCGGCAGCAGUUCGGGUCCAUCCACAUCGAGACGCGCCACACGCAACAAUUCGGCGAGUGCAGCUGCAGCUGCAGAGCGUCCAAAGAUCAAUGAAGCUGAUCUGGAGGGUAAAUCGCCGGAAGAGGUUGAGAUGCUCAAGACAAUGGGCUUCUGCACUUUUGACACCACCAAGAACAAGAAAGUCGAGGGCAACGAUGUUGGUGAAGUGCAUGUGAUCCUCAAGCGCAAGUAUCGCCAGUAUAUGAAUCGCAAGGGUGGCUUCAAUCGGCCGCUCGAUUUUGUCGCAUAGCCGGCGGCAACUAGUUUUUCUUAUAAAUGCUACUGCUACAUUUUUUCACGUUCUUUGUGCGUCGCAUAAUGCGACGACAAAGCGACGGACCUGCAAUUUUAUGCAAUAGACCGGUUUACAAAAUUUCACAAAUUUGCCAGACAAAAUUUCCACAAUUACCACAGAACUCAACACACACACACACACACACAGACACACAUACAAAUACCUCAUAUAUAACAAGCUAGUUAUUUAGUAAUUUAAGAGAUUUGCGUUGUUUUAAAAUUAGCUUUUGCCCGCCUCGAAACACAAACAAAAGUUAAUUUUACAACAAUGGCAACGCCAACACCACCCUCCCACGAAUGUAAUUGAAAGCUCAAUGCAAAAAAAAAUGUACUAAAUUUUCGCUGACAAUUGCCAGCGAAGUGGCAACACUUGUUGCUUGCUGACAUUUGGAGUUUUUGGUAACAUUUGAAUUAGAUGUUUUUAUUUCUUUGCUUUCAAUUGCAUUUGCCAAUCUUUAAUGCACACGAUUAAUGCUUUUUAAAUAUUUAAAGUAAUUACAAUUGUUUUUGUUGUCAGAAAAUCACAUACACACGCAUAAUGCAUAAUAGUAUAUGUUGUGUAAGCAUUUGGCGUUUGCAAAAACCACAAACACAAACAUACGAAUUAACUGCAAAUCCAAAAUUCACCAUACACACACACACAUACACAAUUACUUAAAGUAUUUGAAAACAUGCACACACACAAACAAAAUAUCCCUUAACCCCAAAUAUCCUUGCUCCCCCCACAAACUUCCUCCAUACGCUGCAAUAGUACAAUUUUUACAACCAAAAAAAUAUAUAUCAAAUAUAUAUUUUAUAUAUAGAAAAUUUAUUUAUACACACACACACACCAAGUACCUACAAACCCUAUUAAAUCCCUACCGUUAAAUCGAACUCUACAAUAGCCAUAGCCAUUUGUUGAAAAUGUUAUUUGUUUAACAAUCAAAAUGUUGUAAUUUUUUUUUUUUAAAUACUCAACAAACCAACAGUUAAUUCAUGAAUCACAAGUGCCAAGUGAAAAAUAGCAACAACAAAGCAGGCAAAUUAAACAAAUUAAUGUUUAAGUGCAGACGCAAGUUAAAUAAAAAUAAGUGUAUACAACUUUUAUACUUUUUUAUAUAUAUAUCAAUUACAAUGUGUAAACAAUAGUUAUCAAUUUGGCAACAGAUAAUAUGAACUUUAAAACGCAAACAAAUUUGGCAAACUCACACACACACACCCACACACACACACACACACACACUUAUAUAGUGUCUUUGUAGUUUUAAAUAAAACGAAAUUGCAGGGAUUUUUACUUACUUAAAGCUAAUUAAAUAAAACAAACUAAAUACAUCUAAAUAAAUGUAUACAAAAAUAAAAGACUCUGAUUUGGUUAGUUUCGCUUUUCACAUUUAAGUUUGAAAAAAAAAAAAACUGUGUAAACAAAGCCAACAUCAAAAUUAGAAGAAACGAAA